GCGGACCCGAGAAGAGCCGAGUCGGCCCGAGCGCCGCCGAGCGAGCCCGAGGCGCCGGGCCAGGCCGGAGCCGGACUACGGGAGCCGACGCGGGCCGCGCGGUGGGCGCGGAGCGGCACGGCAGGCCGGGCGGGCGGCAGCAGCAGCGGAGGAGGCCGCGAAGGCGGGUUCGAGUGGCGGAGGCGGCGCGGGCGGCGGCAGGGGGCCGGGUGGCCGGGGUCCCGGGCCCCGCAGCGGCGGCAGCGGCGGCGGCGGCAGGAUGAUCAAGCUGUUCUCGCUGAAGCAGCAGAAGAAGGAGGAGGAGUCGGCGGGCGGCACCAAGGGCAGCAGCAAGAAGGCGUCGGCUGCGCAGCUGCGGAUCCAGAAGGACAUAAACGAGCUGAACCUGCCCAAGACGUGUGACAUCAGCUUCUCAGAUCCAGACGAUCUCCUCAACUUCAAGCUGGUUAUCUGUCCUGAUGAGGGCUUCUACAAGAGUGGGAAGUUUGUGUUCAGUUUUAAGGUGGGCCAGGGUUACCCACAUGACCCCCCCAAGGUGAAGUGUGAGACGAUGGUCUAUCACCCCAACAUUGACCUCGAGGGCAACGUCUGCCUCAACAUCCUCAGAGAGGACUGGAAGCCAGUCCUUACGAUAAACUCCAUAAUUUAUGGCCUGCAGUAUCUCUUCUUGGAGCCCAACCCCGAAGACCCACUGAACAAGGAGGCCGCCGAGGUCCUGCAGAACAACCGGCGGCUGUUUGAGCAGAAUGUGCAGCGCUCCAUGCGGGGUGGCUAUAUCGGCUCCACCUACUUCGAGCGCUGCCUGAAAUAGGGUUGGCGCACACCCACCCCUGCCAGGGCCACCAGCCCCGGCGUCCCCUGCAAAUAUUUAUUGGGGGCCACAGGUGGGGGGCAUGGGGUGGCGGGUGGGGGAAUCCCAUGCCCUGGCCUUGCCUCCCCUCCCUGCCACUGGCUCCUAGUUAUUAUUUUUUUUUUAACCACCACGUGAUUAAGGUCGGCGCUGCCUCCCCCGACCCGCUCAGCAAUGGGAAAUGAAUUGGCUUGUCUAGCCCCCAGCUGGGUGCUGUCCAGCCCCCCACCCUGGGCUCUGGGGUGGGUGGCCAAGGGGACUGGGUGGCUGGGGCUCGGGCACCCCACCCCUCCACCACUGGAGGUCCCACCAGGCUAUUAAAGGGGAAUGUUACUGCA